AUGGACGAUCUACUCGCAAUCUCAAAGUCCAUCCUGGACAAGGUGCCGCGGCUCCAGGCGCUAGACAACUACUUCCGAACCCCCGAGAUCCUUGCGCGGCAGCAACGCGUCGAUCAGCUUGAGGAGCUGGCCCAACAGAAUGCUAAGAGAUUCCGUGAGGACACAGCUGGCAAGAUUGAUAUCCGGCCAUUCAGGACGCUUAUUCUAGAGCAAUCGAAGCUCGAGGAGGAAAUCGAGAAAGACAAAGCUCGGUUCUUGCAACAGCUCAUCGACGACUGGGCCACGGCUCCGGAGGGCCUUCUGGCGCUCGCAGCUCCUACAUCCCAAGCUCCACGAGAUCCUCUCUCAGCCGAUUCAAUACCCAUACCUUCGCGAGCGCCCCUACCAGCUUAUUCGAUACCUACGCCCCCAGCUCCCAACCCUCCUCUGCCAGCUAGUUCAAUACCUACCCCUGCGCGUAGCUCUGUAGUCCAUGAUAGUCUGGAAAGAGCCGGUCCAGAGCGCGAUGCGACCGCUGAAUCCCAAGCCCCGUUGGCCGACAACGCCGAACGUAUUUCGAGCAGAAAGCCCAGAACCUCUGCAUCACGACGGAGAUCCUCCAACAUCUCGCUCGAUGAGAACCGACCCGUCAAGCGCAGUCGUCGAGGCCAAAUAACACCUUCCCUUACGCCAGACCGAUUUAUCAAGUUCAGUGAGGUCUUUCAGGGCGGCGACACUCCAGCCAAGUACAGGAUUGUGCAGUUUCCGUUUCGCCAGGGAAACUGGUACAUCCUGGAGUGUAAGGACUGCGAUGUAAAGUUCCAGGGGGAGGAUGUUGUUGAGGAUGCAUAUGACCAUUUCUACCACAACCACGGCCGCAGUUUUAGUACCACUGAGGAGCAGGUUGUUCAGGUGCUGGGAACCCAUGUGUCGGACUGCAAUGCCGAGCUCGCCGAGAAGAACAAUGCGCUCUGUCCUCUGCCUGUGGAACCAGAUGGCGAUGAGACAGAGCUCGAAACUGAGGAUGAAGGGCCCGAAGAGCGAUCCGAACGUCGGAGGCGCGGGAGUACACGAAAGAAGAAAGGGAAACGCGGGAGACGGAAGAAUCCCAACGCUCAUUGGGUGCCUCCCAAGUCAUUCAAGGACGUCGAUCCUCGAAUCAUCAAUGCGAAGCCGGGAGACAUCGUCUGCUUGUAUAAUGACAGAACCAAGUUCUUCUCUCCUCUCAUGAUCCUUCCAUGGGGACCUUUCCCACGUCUCAAGUUCAACAAGGUCUUGCAGGAGAUAGAACUCCACACAACAAUCCCCAAAUGCUACGAAGGCGCAAAAACCACGGAUCUUACUCCGUCGCCUUGGGCCCCUGGCUAUGAAGAUGAUGGGGAUUUGGCUCACAAGCGUAGCCUUCCGGGUCUUUUCUUUCGCCCUACUCAAGAUUUCCCACAUGAUUGCAGGUCGGGUUGGGUCCCGUUGAACAAGCUCAAGGUCUACGAUAAGACUUGCCCUCGCACUCGGAACAAAGAGUCCGUUGAAGAGUACCUCGAAUACUACGCAGAGUGGUGCAACGACCCACUGACCGGGGGCACGCAGGGUGAUGCGACCGCGCCAAAGAGAAGCCAUCGGUUUCGACCAGCAAGCCAUCGAGGUCCUGAGAACAGCGCCCGAGAUCAGUCCGUGACACUGAGCACAGCUGAAAGCAGUCGACACUCGACGGAAGAGGACAGUGUUGCGCCUACGAUUGAAGAUGCCGGGUUCAAGGAAGAACCGGCACAGAACUACGAUCAAAUCGACGAAGAAGACGGAGAGGACAGUGAAGGCAGAGAGACACAGGUUAGCGGCUUUCGGAGGCACUAUAGAAUGGGUGUCCGUCGCGCGCACAUCGUACGCAGUGUUGAGGUGGAUGGGAAAUGA